CCUCACCUCCAGUUAAAGCACUGCACCAUGAGCUGCGACCUCGACGUAGAGCUCGAGCUCAUAGCCUCGUCGCUUCUUCCCUCAGAGGACUUGACGGAUGACCCCGGCUUCCCGCGUAUUAUCUCCAUCGUUAACAACGAUAGCCAGCGAACGCUACACAUUGAAGUACGAGAAGACUAUCCUUCGCAGAGCGCGGUGACAAUCGAGCUCAAGGGGAACGACAUUGGGAGGGAUGUGGCACGAUACCACAAUUCCAAGAUCGCAGAACAACAGAACGCAAACUGGGUGGAUGGGGAGGAGUGAGGUGGUUAUCGAAGCCAGCUCACGCCAGGUAUCCUUUGUACCAGCUCCUCACCGGCCAUCUCCUCCCGCUCCUCGCCCCAGAAGCAAC